AUGGACAAUGCCACAACCAUCACCAUGUUUACUCUGACGGGGUUGAGCGGAACCACAAACAACCGGAUCCUUCUCUUCCUUCUGACACUGCUAUGCUACUGUACCAUCUGGCUGGUCAACCUCGCCAUCAUUGUGACCAUCAUUCUGGAGAAGCGCCUGCACGAACCUAUGUACAUCUUCCUCUGCAACUUGUGCAUUAAUGGACUCUACGGCACGACCGGGUUUUAUCCCAAAUUCCUCUACGAUCUUCUGUCUAAACAUCAUGUGAUCUCAUAUUCUGGAUGUCUCCUGCAGGGUUUUGUGCUUCACAGCUCAGCUUGCGCCGACUUCUCCAUCCUGGCUGUGAUGGCCUACGACAGAUACGUGGCCAUCUGCCGACCGCUGGUGUACCACACGGUGAUGACCAAGCUGGUGAUUUCGGUUCUGUCCUUCUUCGCUUGGCUCAUUCCCUCUUUUCUCAUAUUCAUGAGCACGUUAACAACAUCAUGGUUCCAAAUGUGCGGUUCACACAUCCCCAAGAUCUACUGCGUCAACUACUUAGUUUACAAACUCAGUUGCUCGACGUCUAUGUCAAGCUACAUCAUUCCAUUUUUUAACUACACGUUUUACAUCUGCCACAACAUUUUCAUUUUCUGGACUUACAUAUACAUCAUAAGAAUCUGCCGCUCAUCUAAAGAGAACUGGAACAAGUUCCUGCAGACUUGUGUGCCACAUUUAUUCUCCUUGGCCAUCGUCGUCGGCUCCCUGCUCUUUGAUCUAAUGUACAUGCGAUACGGCUCUAAAAACAUAUCACAGGCUGCUCAGAAUUUCAUAGCUAUUGAGUUCAUUUUGAUUCCUCCAAUCCUCAACCCCAUCAUGUACGGUUUGAAACUGACUGAAGUGCGGAAGAGUCUUCAGAAGUUCUUUUGCCGAGGGAAGUUUCGUGUCUCUGGGUAA